UAUAUAGCCCCUACCCCUUCCACCUCCUUUCCCCACUACAACACACACACCAACAGCCACAACAACCAAUCCACCCUAAAAUAACAAACCACCCUCUCUUUUCUCAUUCUCCCCAAACCAAAAUGGCAGCUGAAAACCACCCUUCCCCAACAUACUUCAUUCUCCUACUCAUAACCAUCACACGUUUGAUCUCCACAGUGGGCAAAACCUCCCAAUGGAAGACCAUGCUACCUCCGGAACUCGUCUCUGCUGAGGACAACAACAACAACAACAACAACGUCUUCCAAAAGCUCCGGGACGACCCGGAGGCUCUUGAAAGAGUCUCCAGAGAUUAUGGCAACCUUGUCCACGAUGUCCCCGUGGCGGUGCUUCAGCCCGCCACGGGACAGGACAUCGCGAGGUUGAUAAAGGCCUCAUACAACAGCUCCGUCCCUUUUCGCAUAGCGGCGAGGGGCCAAGGCCACUCGACGCGCGGUCAGGCGAUGGUAAGGGACGGAGUGGUGGUUGACAUGGCGGCGUUCAGAGAGAGGGGGAAUGGGGUGGGGAUAAAGGUGAGUGUGGACCCUUUGGUUGGUGAUUACUAUGCUGAUGUUGGAGGGGAACAGUUGUGGUUCGAUGUGCUUCACUCCACGCUCCUCCAUGGACUUGCACCUCGUUCUUGGACUGAUUACUUGUACUUGACGGUGGGAGGGACUCUCUCCAAUGCUGGCAUCAGUGGCCAAACAUUCCGCUAUGGUCCUCAAAUCACCAGUGUUCGUGAAAUGGAUGUCAUCACUGGAAAGGGCGAAUUUGUGACCUGCUCUUCGCAGACAAAUUCGGAGUUAUUUCACGCGGUUCUUGGAGGCUUAGGACAAUUUGGAAUUAUAACAAGGGCCAGAAUCGCUCUUGCGCCAGCUCCAAAGAGGGUUAAAUGGGUGAGACUUUUGUACAAUGACUUUUCUGCUUUCACCAAGGACCAGGAACAAUUAAUCUCAAUUUCUGGAAGGAAACAAAAUAUUGCACUGGAUUAUUUAGAAGGAUUGCUGCUAAUGCACCAAGGACCCAUAAAUAAUUGGAGAUCUUCUUUCUUCCCUUUAGCCGACCAUGCUCGAAUAAUUUCGCUUGUAACCAAACACAGCGUCCUCUAUUGCCUAGAAGUUGCCAAAUAUUAUGAUGCCCAAAAUGAAAACAAUGUAGACAAGGACCUCCAAGUUUUACUCCAAGGACUGAGCUAUAUCCCUGGAUUUUAUUAUGAGAAAGAUGUGUCAUAUGUUGAGUUCUUGAAUAGAGUCCGAAGUGGAGAGUUGAAGCUACAGUCACAAGGACUGUGGGAUGUUCCUCAUCCAUGGCUUAAUUUGUUUAUACCCAAAUCUCAAAUCAUGGAUUUUGACUCGGCCAUAUUCAAGAAUAUCAUCCUUAAAAGAAACAUCACCACGGGACCUGUCUUGGUUUACCCCAUGAACAGAAACAAGUGGGACAAUAGGAUGUCAGCAUCAAUACCAGACGAGGAAAUCUUCUACACAGUUGGAUUUUUGCAUUCAAGCGGGUUUGAUGAUUGGAAGGCCUAUGAUGCUCAAAAUAAAGAAAUCUUGCAAUUUUGUAAUGACGCUGGGAUCAAGGUUAAGCAAUAUCUUCCCCACUAUCGCACACAAGAAGAUUGGACAAACCAUUUUGGCCCUAAAUGGAGAACCUUUGUAGAAAGAAAACACCAGUUUGAUCCAAGAAUGAUUCUAUCACCUGGACAAAGAAUCUUUAACAAUUAAACUAGUUUUUUUUUUUUUUUUUAUAAAUAUUUUUCCCCAAAUAAAAAAGAUGUUAUAUAUAUAUGGUGGGACUACCCAAGUUAGCUAGCUGGCUGAGCGCAAGUGUACACAUAGGACCCAGAGUUGAGGUGAUAGCCUUUGUACUUGUUUUUGUUAAGAGGGUGGGGUUAAAAGCUGCAUGACUUUGGCAUAUAUGUAGAUCAGGUUACACAUUCUAUAGAUACGUUAGGUUGACAAAAUCAUGUGUGAAAGAUGCACACAGCUAGCUGUACCUCUCUUUCUCUCUCUCUUUCUCUCUCCCUCAGUUUGUCCAUCACUAAAAAGAUUACUAGUUUAGAUUUUAGAACCUAGUGAAGAGAAAGAAAAAAAAACGAUUAUAAUGAGGAUAUAUAUAUGUUUAUCACGUUCUAAUCCUACAUUAGUUCUUAAUGUGCAAUGAGUGUGUUUGGUG